CUUGCUAUGGGUUGUGUGUAUAAAUGUGAUCGAAUGUUAUGUGUUAAAGAAUCAAGCUAGAAUUAAGUCGAAAACGUUGAUACAUUUUAGUGACUUUGAGAUUGAAACAGCUCAAACAGUGAGUGUAAGAAAAUGGCUCAUGCAAAAGAAAGCGGUUUUCAUUAUCAAGAGAUCAAAGGAGAUUUAUUUAGUUGUUCCAAGGAUGCUUCUUUAGCUCACUGCAUUAGUGCUGAUGUCCACAUGGGAAAAGGAAUAGCAACCAUAUUUAAAAAGAUGUUUGGAGGAGUUGAGGAACUUCGUAGUCAGGGGAAAAAACCUGGCGAAGUGUCUAUCUUGCGACGUGAAGGACGUUUUAUAUAUUAUUUGGUAACCAAACCAAGAUAUUUUCACAAGCCGACCUACGACACAUUACGAAGUUCCUUAAUUGCCAUGAAAGUCCAUUGUAAAGAACACGAGGUUACAACGUUAGCCAUGCCUCGUAUUGGAUGUGGACUAGAUAGACUUGACUGGGGUGAAGUAAGAAAAAUAAUUAAAGAAACGUUUCAAGAUACAAACAUUCAUUUGACAAUCUACGCAUUAUGAUUAUGCAUUUUAAUGUUUGGAGAAUCACAAAGUUGUCAGCCCUCGUAUAAGAUGUAAGCAGACAAAUAUGUGAACUGGUGUGAGUUAAAUAUCAGAGUAAGACUUGAAAUUUCCGUUAAUAGCUAUAUAGUAUAAAAUUUGUGAUUGUUAAUAGCUAUAAGCUAUAUAGAUUUGACAAUAGUCGCUUUAAUGAGAUAAGUGCAUAGGACACAGACUUCCUAGAAGUAUAUAGUUAUUUAGUAUACACCC